AUGGAUGUUGUCUACACUGCUCCGGGCUCCAACUCGGCGGCGUACAAGCUGAGCACUGGCGGAACAUCGUUCGGCGGUCAGGUCAGUUUCCCAACUCCGGCUCUCACCGGAGCGUGUGCUGCUGCAGUGGCGCAGCUUGACGGCUCGCUUGGCGCUGAUGUGGUUGUCUCGGCGCCUGGUGCGUCGGCACUUGUCUGGUUCGCCAACAGCGCGGGCCCGGUCGCCACGCCGUCGUUUGUGACUCCUGGCUCGUCGGUGGAUGCGUCGGCCAUGGGAAGCGGCGCGUGUGCGCUCGACUCGGGAGAUUUUGACGGCGAUGGUGACGUUGACCUGCUGCUCGGCGGAAGCGUUGGCGGCGGAUGGUUCGCCAACGACGGUGCGGGCACCUUUGCCCCUGCGACCAUGCUCUACACCGGCUCGGUCGGCGCGGUUGUCGCCGGCGACGUCGACGCCGACGCCGACAUCGAUGUGGCCAUCGGCUCGGUCGGCGCCGUCCGGGUGUACGUCAACCCGGGCGACGGCAGCUUUACCGUUGUCACGCUCUCUGUCCCGUUCUCGGCCGUCAUCACCUCGCUCGACAUGGCCGACUACUCGGGCGACGCCGCGGUCGACAUCAUUGUCGGCUCGCUCACUCCGUCGCGCAUUGGCUUCCUGGCCACCGUUGUGCCGGGCGUCUCGUUUGCGUCGUAUCUGGACAUCUCGACUCAGGCCGACGGGGUGACCGCUGUUGCCGCCAUCGACCUUCUCAACGACGGCGGCGCCGUCGAUCUCGUCUCGGCCUCGGUCAACGACGACGCCAUUGCCACCUACACCAACGCGCCGCUGGUGCCCAAGUACGGCACCGCGCGGGUUGUCUCCACUGCCGUCAAUGGCGUGUACUCGGUCGCUGCGGCUGACAUUGACGGUGACGGCGAUGUUGACAUUGUCUCGGCCGGCGAGUUCUCCUCGCGCAUCGAGUGGUACCCCAACGUCGACGGCAGCGGCCUCUUUGGCCUCGCCAACGUCGUCACCCAGUCGGCCUCUGCCGCCCGCUUUGUCGUCUGCGCUGACCUCGACGCAGACGGCGACGUCGACAUCGCCUCGGCCUCGUCGGGCGACAACACCGUGGCGUGGUAUCCCAACUCGGACGGCCGCGGCACCUUUACCUCGCGGCUCAUCAUCUCAGCCGCGGCCUCCUCGGUCCGCUCGCUCGGCCUGGUGGAUCUCAACGGCGACGGCGCGCUUGACAUUCUCGCCGCCGAGCGCGGCGCCAGCCGCGUCGCCGCCUACUACUACCUCGGCUUUGGCGCCUCCUCCUCCGCCUUCUCCGCCGCCACUGUCGUCGCUACCGGCGUCGGCGAUGCCAUCGACGUCGCGGGCGGCGACAUUGACAACGACGGCCUGCCCGACGUUGUCGCCGUUGCCGAGGCCGACAACAACAUCGAGUGGUUCAAGACCCUCCCCGGCGGCAUGUCGUGGGGCGCCCCGGUGGCUGUCGGCACCGCAAUUGGUCCGCGCGCGGUCGCGGUCGGCGACCUUGACGCCGACAACGACCUCGACGUGGCGGUGGCGGCGACCAGCGGCAACGAGCUGCUCUGGUUCCGCAACGACGCGCUCGGCGCGACCUGGACCACGACGGUGCUCGACUCGGCGCUUGACGGCGCCCGCGAUGUGCUCAUCGCCGACCUCGACUCUGACGGUGACCUCGACGUGGCCGCCGUCUCGCUCUUCAACGACAUUGUGGGCGUGGUCUUCAACAACGGCGGUGGCUCGUUCGCGCCGCUUGUGACGGUCGAUAGUGCCUUUGACGGCGCCAUCACGCUUGCUGCAGGUGACGUCGACGGCGACGGCGAUCUUGACCUUGUCUCGGGCGCCAUCUCAGUCGACACCGUCGCCUGGUUCUCCUUCCUCCGCCGCACCUCGUCGUUUGUCUACGCGCCGGCGUCGCGGGCGGUGGCCAUCGGCUCUACGCCGACCACGCCGGCGUGGUGGGAUUGCCAGCGGUCGUCGGUGCGGUGCCUUCUCGCCCACGCCUCGUCGGCCUCGCGCUGCGUCACCGACACCCUCGUCGUCCCGCCGGACACCACCUUUACCACCUGCCUCGCCGACGGCCACGCCCGCAUCACCUACCCGCUGGUCGUCUCUUCCGCCUCCGGCGCCACCAUCAACUGCUCCGCCACCGGCGGCGGCGUCCUCUUUGACGUCGGCCCGCACCCGCUGCCGACCGUCCCGCUCGCCGGCGCGCUCACCCUUGACAACAUCGAUGUCAUCGGCAUGACCACAGCCGCCGCCGCCCUCGACGGCGCCCCGGGCCUCCGUGUCGUCGGCAGCGGCGCCUCGCUCACCCUCCGCAACGCCACCGUGAGCGACGCGUCGUCGAGCUCCGGCUCGGGCUUGGCCUCGGUCCGCGCCACCGACAUCGGCCGCGGCGGCGCGCUGCUCGUCGCCUCGGGCGGCGUUGUCGACGCUACCCACUGCGUCUUCCGCAGCAGCUCGGCGAGCGAGCACGGUGGCGCCAUCGCCAUCCGCGACCCGGGCUCAAAGCUGAUGCUCAACGAGUCCCGCGUCGAGGGCUGCUCCGCGCCGCGCGGCGGCGGCGUGUACGCCUCGAGCGGCGCGGCCGUCUCAAGCGCUAGCUCCUUGUUUGCCGCCAACAGCGCGUCGCUGAGCUUUGGUGGCGGCAUCGCACUCGAGAACGGCGCCCACGGCUUGCUCAGCGAUGCCAGCUUUGCGCGCAACUCGGCAGCGUUGUGCGGCGGAGCAAUGUAUGUGACCGACACCUCCGAGCUCGCGGUGAGCGAGUCGAGCGUGACCGGGAACACGGCGCGGUACGGCGGCGGUCUGGCGACGGUGGCGGCCGACUCUGUGCUCUCGCUCGAGUCGGCGACGUCUUCGGCGGACGUGGUGGCGGGCAAGCUGCCGCUGGCGGCCGACUCGCGCAACACGACGCUGACGAGCGUGACCUUUGCCGACAACAAGGCAACCAACUACGGCGGCGGGAUGUUUGCCUGUGGCGCUGGGUUGGUCAUCGGCAACGGCGGCACCAGCUGGGCUUGGACCGACAACACCGCCAUCGACUCGCUGCGGGCGGUGCCGUCGGACGUCUUUGUCUGCGCCGCCACCAACGCAGCUGGCUCGGUAGUGCUUGGCAACCGCGACUCUGCCGAGGGCGUGUUGUGGACAACCUUUGCCGACAACACGUUUGCAGCUCUGAGCGGGGCGGCGAUCAAGGGUCCUGUGGCGUCGCUGGCGUGGGCGCCAGACGCUGCGCCGGCGGACGAGGUCCAGAUCGGUCUCCCGCUUGUGGGGCAGGUCAUCGCGACCGACGUGCUCGGCAAGCCUGUCGUCGACGGCCGGGUCCCCAUCCGCAUCGCCUUUAGCAACACCGGGCCGACGGUGACCCGCGGACUCGACACCGGCGUGCUCAACGGGAUUCCGACCACGACGCCGCCGGCGGCGGUGCGGAUCUUCAACUCGUCGGUGGCGACGACGCCGCUCCCGAUGACGUACACCUGGCAGCUGAGCGUGGUCACGUCGGCGGCCGGCGCCAUUGCCGUCCCGCCGCUCACCGGCUCGGUCGACCUCCUCGGGUGCAAACCUGGGCUCGGCGGCGUGGUCGAGCCGGACAACGAGGGCGGGAGCGAGGAUCUGAGCUUCUGCCGCGAGUGCGCGGCCGGCACGUUCUCGACGACCAACGGGACGCUCGGCCCGUGCGAUCCGAUUGUGCCGUGCACCGGCAACGCGCGCAACAUCGGAACCGAGCGGGUGUACAACUGCGUGUGCAAGCAGGGCUUCUACCUUGCGCGGGUCCAUCCCGAGCGCGGGCGCGAGUGUGACAAGUGCCCCGAGGGCGCGAUCUGCAACGAGGGCCUCAGCGAUCCGCUCCCGGCCAAGGGCUUCUUCCGCACCUCGCGGACGUCGUUUGUGCGGUGCCGGCGGCCGGCGUGCCGCGGCGGAACGCAAGGGUGCGCCACCGGGUACGAGGGCUUUAUGUGCAACGCGUGCUCCAAGAGGUACUACACCAAGGCCGAGUCGUGCCUCAAGUGCCCCGACGGCGACUCGGGCGCAGUUGCGCUCACCUUUAUGGGCGUUCGACGACCCAACCGCGAGGCCGAGCGGACGCGGCUCAUCCCGGCCACCAUCUCCAUGGUCCUCUUCGCCUUCCAGGUCGUGGGCCUUAUCUCGGAGACCAAGGCCGGUUGGCGCGGCGAGUCCAAGGACGCAACCGAGAGCUUCCGCAUCUUCAACCUCGACGUCAACGCCUUUGCGCUCGAGUGCGAGGUCACCGAUCCGUACGUGCUGUACUUUCUCAACCUCUCGCUCCCGCUGCUCCUCUUCCUUGUCUCGUUUGCCACCGUGGUGGGCCUCUGGCUGGUGAGGCACAAGGUGCCCAAGCUCGCGCUCACCUAUGGUGAUGCCUCCAUCAAGACGCUCUUCAACGUGACGCUUGUCGGCGUGGCGCCGCUGCUGCACAUCCCGCUCUCGCGGGCCGCGCUCUCGCUCUUCAACUGCGUCAAGCUCCCGGACGGCAACUUUGUCCUCGCAUCCGACCCGUCCGUGGUGUGCUUCAAGGGUGGGUGGUGGUCGGUCCUGCCGUUUGGCAUCGUCGUCGUCCUCCUCUGCGUCCUUGGCCUCCCGGCCUACUUUGGCCUCGUCCUCCACAACCGGCGGCACAAGCUCUUCCGCGAGAUCGUCUUUGUCCGCUACGGCGGUCUGUACAAGUUCUUCCGCGAGCCGUUCUACCUCUUUGCGGUCGUGGCCCUCGGUCGGCGUCUGCUCAUGGUGAUCACCGUUACCUUUGCCGGCGAGCUCCCGCUCCUCCAGCUCGCCCUCCUCACCGCCAUCCUCUUUUCGCAGCUCAUCUCGUCGCUCGAGGCCGAGCCGACUUUUACCUCACCUACAACGACACCGAGGCGCGCCUCAUCCUACGCCGAGCGCAACUCAACGACCAGCAUCGUCACCGCCAUCGACGUCUGUACCAUCACCGUCCUUGCUGCCAUUUGCCUCAUCGCCGUCUUGUCGCUUGGGACCGAGAUCUUCGAGAUCGUCCGCGAGAAGCGCGGCGAGUUCUCCGGCGAGAUCGAGCGGGCCCACCGGCUCGCCACUAUCCUCACCAAGGAGCUUCCGGACCUCGAGCCCGACGUGGCCACCAAGUUCAAGGCCGCCAUCGACUACUCGCUCCGCGAUCGGAAGGCCACGCUGUCGUCGUCCGUCUUUGAGGGGCCGGUCGAGCUGGACUACCUCGACUUGGACGAGUCUGGGUGA